AUGGCGGACUUACGCAUUUCGGGCCUAGAUGAGGCAGCCACUCAGGAAGCGAUCGCGGGAGCAAUCGCUAAACUGGGAGAGUGCUCAAUAAAUGAGGUUAAGGUGGGAUCGAUUAGGGCCCAAUAUAAUGGGACAACGUCGACUCUGGCACAGUGCCCUAUAACGGCAGCCAAGAGGGUCACCGCAGCGGGUCGACUUCAAAUAGGAUGGUCCUCGGCUCUGGUAGUGGCGCUGGACCCAACACCGAUGAGGUGCUUCAGGUGCAUGGGCACGGGGCACACCAGAGCACUAUGCCCGUCGCCAGUAGACAGGAGCGGGCUCUGCUUCCGGUGUAGCAGGCCGGACCACAAGAGGGUGGACUGCAAGGCGGAGACUGCCUUCUGCUCGGUAUGUCAUGCGGCCAAACGCCCAGCGGGACACAUAAUGGGUGGCUUUUCCUGUACGCCCCCACCAGCAAAAGGCAAAGAGGCUCUUCCGAAGACCCAAAGAGCCCCUCCAGUGAGUAACAUCGACCAACGGGCCUGUGAGGGACAAAAUAUGGAUAUUUAG